AUGGCAAAAAUCAGCCUCUGUGUUCUACUUCUCCUUCUCUCCAUCUCCUGUGUCACCGGUGUGCCCGAGCCGGCUUUCCAUCGCGGUUCCCGGGCCAGGGCUUUCAUCGAGGCACAAUGCCAGGCCACCCGAUACUUCAACCUAUGCGUGCAGUGCCUUUCCAACAACUAUGUGAACACAAGUACACCAAACCCACAAGAAUUGGCUCAAGUGGCAUUGACAGUGAGCCUAGUGAGGGCCAGGUACACAAGGGCUUAUGUGACUGAAGUGGCUACGCAACUCGAACAAACCAAGGCCAAAGAGUACCAAGUCGUUAAAGAUUGUUUAGAUCAAAUUAAUGACGGUGUGGACCAGUUAACACAAUCGAUUAAAGAGCUGCGACGAAUGGGUCGAGCCGGAGCCAACGAUUUCAUGUGGCACACCAACAAUGUCCAGACUUGGCUUAGCACUGCGCUCACCGAUGCAACCACUUGUAUUGAUGGGUUUUCGGGGUAUGCAAUGGGCGGGAAACAAAGGGCUACAAUUAAAGCGAAGGUCCUCAAUUUGGCACAGGUCACUAGUAACGCAUUAGCCUUGUUUAAUCGAUUUGUUUCCAGGCACAGGGUUACUGGUGUGAAGCACAACCCUUGA